GCGGCAGUCAGCUGGCAGCCAUGGCCGAGGACGGUGCGGAGCACACGAACACGCCCGGCACGGGCGACACCAACACCCCGUUCGGACUGGGCCAGCGCGGCCGCAAGGGCGCGCUUAAGAAAAAGAAUGUCUUCGAGGUGAAGGACCACAAGUUCAUCCCGCGCUUCUUCAAGCAGUUCACCUUCUGCAGCCACUGCAAGGACUUCAUCUGGGGUUUCGGUAAACAAGGAUUCCAGUGCCAAAUCUGCAGCUACGUCGUCCACAAGCGCUGCCAUGAAUUCGUCACGUUCAAGUGUCCUGGCGCCGACAAGGGUGCCGACUCAGACAUCGAGUCUGCCAUCCACCGCUGGCUGGAGCACACGUACACGGCGCCCACCUUCUGUGAUCACUGCGGCUCCAUGCUGCAUGGGCUCUCCAAGCAGGGCCUCAAGUGUGAAUCCUGCGACAUGAACGUGCACAAGCGGUGCCAGGACAGCGUUCCCAACCUCUGCGGCUGUGAUCACACGGAGCGACGGGGCCGGAUAGAGCUGGGCAUCACGGCCUCAGGAAACAAGCUCACCGUCGAAAUUCGUCAGGGGAAGAACCUGAUCCCGAUGGACCCGAACGGCUACUCGGACCCCUACGUCAAGCUCAAGCUGAUCCCCGACCAGGACUGCUCCAAGCGCAAGACCAAGACCAUCAAGACCUCGCUGAACCCCGUGUGGAACGAGACGUUCACCAUUGACCUGAAGCCAGAGGACAAGGACCGCCGACUGCUGGUCGAAGUCUGGGAUUGGGACCGAACGUCGCGGAACGACUUCAUGGGCUCACUCAGCUUCGGCAUCUCGGAGGUCAUCAAGGCGCCGGUGGACGGCUGGUUCAAGCUGUUGACGCAGGACGAAGGCGAGUUCUACAACGUGCCCGUGCCGCCCGAGGGCACCGACAUCAUGGAGCUAAAGGAACGGGCCAGGAGGUCAUGCUGGCGGAGCGGCGCGGCACGGACGAGCUGUACGCCAUCAAGAUCCUGAAGAAGGACAUCAUUAUCCAGGACGAUGACGUCGAGUGCACCAUGAUCGAGAAGCGGGUGCUGGCUCUGGCCAGCAAGCCGCCGUUCCUGGUUCAGCUACAUUCCUGCUUCCAGACGAUGGACCGUCUGUACUUCGUUAUGGAGUAUGUCAACGGAGGCGACCUGAUGUUCCAAAUCCAGCAGUUUGGAAGGUUCAAAGAACCCGUGGCUGUGUUUUAUGCGGCCGAGAUUGCGAUUGGUCUGAUCUUCCUGCACUCGCGAGGCAUCAUCUACCGAGAUCUGAAGCUGGACAACGUGCUGCUGGACCAGGACGGCCACAUCAAGAUCGCCGACUUCGGCAUGUGCAAGGAGGGCAUCGAGGGCAGCAAGACGACCAAGACGUUCUGCGGCACGCCCGACUACAUCGCCCCGGAGAUAAUUCUGUACCAGCCGUACGGGAAGUCGGUGGACUGGUGGGCGUACGGGGUCCUGCUGUACGAGAUGCUGGUCGGCCAGCCUCCCUUUGACGGCGAAGACGAGGAGGAGCUCUUCGCCGCUAUCAAGGACCACAACGUCUCCUACCCCAAGUGCAUCAGCAAGGAGGCCAAGGAGCUCUGCAAGGGGCUGCUGACGAAGCAGCCAGCCAAGCGGCUGGGAUGCUCGCCGACGGGGGAGGCCGACAUCAGGGACCACCCCUUCUUCCGCCGGAUCGACUGGGAGAAGAUCGAGACGCGGGAGGUGCAGCCGCCGUUCAAGCCGCGCAUCAAACACCGGAAGGACGUCAACAACUUCGACAAGCAGUUCACGUCGGAGAAGACGGACCUCACGCCCACCGACAAGCUGUUCAUGAUGAACCUCGACCAGACAGAGUUCUCCGGCUUCUCCUACUUGAACCCCGAGUACGUGCAGCACGUGUAGGAUGUGAAUCAGGAGCUUGAACCGGGGGUACGCGCAGCACGCGUGGCACCUGGGAAUCAGAUGCGCGCAGCACGUGUAGAAUCCAAACAACGAGCACGCGAGACACGUGCAGGACUCAGAGUGGGUGGUGGAGGGCCUGCAGGGUCGGAGCCAGCCCUCGAGCUGAGGGAGCUGGCGCCCCGCCCUUUCCAGCAUUUCAGCUUCCCUGAUUCGUGCUUAACGGUGCGCAGUAUUAUAGUUCAUCGGAACUGGACCGGGUGCGGUGCAGCGCCUCUGAAUCGAGCGCCGGCAGCGCCUCUGAAUCGGGCGCCGGUAGCGCCUCUGGAUCAAACGCCGGCAGCGCCUCUGGAUCGAGCGCUAGCAGCGCCUCUGAAUCGAGCGCCGGCAGCGCCUCUAAAUCGAGCGCUGGCAGCGCCUCUGGAUCGAACGCCGGCAGCGCCUCUGAAUCGAGCGCCGGCAGCGCCUCUAAAUUGAGCGCUGGCAGCACCUCUGGAUCGUGCGCCGGCAGCGCCUCUAAAUUGAGCGCCUGGCAGCACCUCUGGAUCGAGCGCCGGCAUCGCCUCUGAAUCGAGCGCUGGCAGCACCUCUGAAUUGAGCGCCGGCAGCGCCUCUGAAUCGAGCGCCGGCAGCGCCUCUAAAUUGAGCGCUGGCAGCACCUCCUGGAUCGAGCGCCGGCAGCGCCUCUAAAUUGAGCGCUGGCAGCACCUCUGGAUCGUGCGCCGGCAACGCCUCUAAAUCGAGCGCUGGCAGCACCUCUGG